UCGCGAUCAGUUGCGAUCAUGAUGGGGAUCAGUACCAGCUGACUCGUUCGUCGGGAGGUCGGAGCACGUUGUGUUCGCGUCUGGUCUCUGGAGACGUACCCUUUCGCGUUUCCGUCGGCGGUGGCUAUCGACCAAUAAUCGGUGUACAAGUUCGUGCUAGUUAGGAACACGCGUCUAUCGUGGACCAUUAAGAUAUCCCAGAGACUUCUUGGCAUAGCCUUUCAAGCGCACGGCUAUACACGAUGGAAUGCGCGCGGCAGUGACGAGGAUUGUGACGAUGUUUUGAAGGAACACGUUUACCCACGUGGAACGCGGUGCCAGUUUCCUUGGUGACUCAGCGGGGCCUUGGGCAUUCAAGCAAACGUAAGAAGAGAAGUACACUGUUAGACCGAUCGGAAAAGGAAACGUUGACAUCCUUUUCUUCCUUGGUGUAGACACAGGAGAGGAGGACACUUGACCACGACGAUGCGCGCGUGUGUGUGCCCGUAUCCGUGCGCGUGUACGUGUGGGUAGAGAGGGAGCGGAAGAAGAGGGAUAAAGAGUUUAGAAAAGACGGAGCGAGACGGAAUACAAACGUAACGGAAUGGAUAAGGAGAAGGAGAGGGAAGGAGAGGGAAAGACAGUACAGAAGGAAAGGAAAGAAUAAAGACGCUCUCGGCCGCGAGUGUGUCCUUCUGUUGUGUUUGAUCGUGAAAACACGUGGGGUGCGACGCGGGAGAGGGUACCUCCCCCCAAGUAUUUAACGAACUUUCCUUCAAUAACGGCAGAACGAGACAAACAGUGUAUCCCCUGAUCUUGACGAUCAAUCGUUCUUUGCCGGGGAAAAAUACCGGGUCGCACAGUAGAGACACAUCAGGAAAACGCUGUCUGGACGUCAUCCUGUCACGCAGAAAUAUGCGCGAACGGUCGACUGUUUCACCAGCGCAGCGAUUUUGGAAUAUCGGCAUGUCGAGCGAUCUGGGAGACGACAGUGGUGCUUCAUUAAGUGAUUGUCUUAUUGACAUGUCAUCGUCGCAGCACGAAUCCGCUAUCAGGAAUGCUUGUCUAUCUACCACAAAUUAUUUUUGCCACGACAUUUUCCAACAACAAAUUUGAUUAAAAUUCCUGAUAUGCUGUUUGAGAUUCGACAUGUGUUAUUGUCCUUAUCGGCACGCUACAGGACGGAAAUUUGGCACUAAGGGUACUUGACAAACUACGGACUGCAGCCAUGGGAGCCAAGAAGUUCUUCAUCUUCAACGAAGAACUACUCUGAACAUUGCCGCGAUGUGAGCAUUGGUGCCGCUCUGGAAAGUUAGAUAGAAGUGCUCCAAGCAUCAGUUGGCGGAGUAACUCUGCCAGGAUCCUGCGGAGUCGUCGAAUCUCACCGGAGAACGAUCACAGAUUGCAACGGCGAACAAGAACUACGAGAAUGUCUAAAUGAAGUCUAGAGGUCCUAGCGAGAUCAAGGAGGAAUCAUCCGCGGUGCAUCAGCUACAGGGCUCCACUAUGCUGGAGUAGCUGCUCAAGAUCCUUGCGAAAAUUGUGAAAUUGACAAGGCUCUGCUCGCGAGAAGUAGACUGGAAGAAGAAGAAGAAGAAGAAGAAGAUUGGACACCGUGUAGAAGCACGCAAACCGUUUUCUUGAGGUCAGGUCGGCAACCAAGUGGCUCGAGGCCUGUAAUAAGGGGGCGGGAUAAUUUAAAAAGAUUUGACGAUAGCUUCGUCAAUAGGAACAGUGUCGAUGCGACAGGGAGAUGAGGAUGAGGUGGUCGCUGCUGAUCGUCGUAUUCCUCUGCGUCGCGGCGCGGUUGGCGCGCUGCCAGGACACGGCCUGGCUCAGGAUACCGGAGAAUUACUGGGAGAACGACCACAUGAGCAAAUACGAUCUUGCUCGUGCGGACCAAAAGGACUACUGGGGGGACCACUGGAACAGAGACUCGAUUGGAUCAGGCGAUCCCCAGUUUUACAAUCGAGUCGUUAACUACAGGAGCAACAGGGCCAUCGAUGUCUCUAGAUCGUCAGAAGUGAACACGAAAAUGAAUCAGCAGCCGAGUCAAUCGACGAACCUUCCGAAACCGAGCACGAAAUUCACGAUAAGGCCGAGGAGAUUGAAAAACGUGACGAUCGCAGACGGUGUUUGUCAGAGCAUCGACAUCCGGAACAACGUGCAGUAUUUUCCGGUAAUGAAGGGCUGCCGCGUGAUAGAGGGCUACCUGCAGGUGGUUUUGAUCGAGAACAGCUCUGAGGCAGAGUUCCAGGAUAUUCAAUUUCCUGAAUUAAGAGAAGUCACUGGUUACGUCCUCUUGUAUCGCGUGAACGGCUUGAAGAGUCUCGCCAAUCUGUUUCCGAACCUCGAGGUGAUACGCGGCAAUAUUCUGCUGACCGACUACGCCUUCAUGGUCUACGAAAUGCAAAAUCUCCAAGAGAUUGGACUGAAAAAACUCAUGGAAAUCUCCAGGGGCAGCGUACGGAUCGAGAAGAACCCAACCCUUUGCUAUACACACAACUUGAAUUGGGAUCUUAUCGUUUCGGCUGGCGCCAAUGUUAUUAAGGAUAAUCGGGAGGAAUCGUCUUGUCCAGGUUGUUCACAUUGUCCACAAGGUCUUUGCUGGACCGCGCAGCACUGUCAAAGUUUGGAGAAACCAAAAUGUCACGAACAGUGUCUGGGCGAGUGUCGUGGUCCAACUGAUAGCGAUUGUUACGUUUGCAAGCAUUAUCGACACGAGGGAAAAUGUGUGGAAAAAUGUCCCUCGCAUUUAUACGCCUAUCUCUCAAGACGCUGCAUCACCACGGAUGAAUGUGUGAAGAUGAAUAGUCGUUUGAGGAGGAUAUUCGUGCUGGAGGAGGGACAAGCUUGGAGGCCAUUCAAUGGAUCAUGCUUGAUUCGGUGUCCUGAGGGGUACGAGGACGCUCUAGAUCAAAACAAUAUGACCACGUGUCGGGUCUGUGAGAGCCAAUGCCGGAAGGUGAAUCAUGGUGCUUUGAUACGUCAUAUAUCGGACGCGCAAAUGUACCGUGGCACAACUGUGGUAAGAGGGGCUCUUGAGUUCCAGAUCCGUAACGGGAAUCCGAACAUCAUGAACGAGUUGACCGAGGCGUUCGGCCAGAUCGAAGAAAUCACGGAGUACCUGAAAAUCACGCACUCGUUCCCCAUCACGUCGCUGAGUUUCUUUAAGAAGCUGAAGGUGAUUCGCGGCGAGAAACUAGACAUAAACAAUGCCAGCUUAGUGGUUCUGGACAAUCCGAAUCUGUCGGAUUUGUUCCCGCUGGAACAGAAUAUCCAAAUUGAGAACGGCCGACUGUUCUUCCACUACAACCCGAAGCUGUGUCUUUCGAAGAUUCUGGAGCUCAGCAAGAUGGUGAACAUCACGAAUUUCACGGAUAUGGAGGUGCAGCCGGAAUCGAACGGCGAAAAAGUCGCCUGCAAUGUCGUCAAUAUCAAUAUCACAGUGCGGGAUUUAGGAUCGGAUUACGCGGACCUUGUCUGGGAUAGCUACCAGCCGACCCCGGGCCAACAGUUGCUUAGCUACCUAUUAAACUACAUGGAGACGGAGAACGAGAACAUCAGCUACGAGUCGAACGCUUGCGGUGGCAAUAAUGCGUGGCAGAUCCUCGACGUCGACAUCCCGAAGUGGAAGAAUACAGUGUCCAAGCAUAUCACCAACCUGAAACCGUACACCAUGUACGCAGUGUUCGUGAAGACGUUCAACGCCCGCAACACCAACAAUUUCGUGAAGAACGAGGUCGGUCAGUCCGAAAUUAUCUUUUUUAGGACCAAAAGUACGAUACCGUCUCCGCCAGUCAACGUAGUAUGCAGUGUCAACAGCGAGUCUGAAAUCUUGGUUACGUGGAAGCCACCUAUCUUCCCGAACGGACCCAUCGGAUACUACAUGAUUUCUAGCUCCAUGAUUUCGGAAGAGAGCUUGGUCGCGCACCGAGAUUACUGUAACAAUCCUCUGCAGAACGAGGUCGAAGAGACAGUACCCGAAGUGUCCAUCAAGACUCCCAUUAUGAACUCUGCUUCUUGUUGCUCGAAGGACAACCAACACGUGAUCAUCUCGAAGAAGUUCGAGAUAUUUUGCCACGAGAAUACAACCAUCAGCUAUAUUUCGCCCGGUUGGAGGGACUACUGCGUCUACAACAGCUACAACUCUGUCGACGACAAAUUUUACGAGUUGUCGUCCUCGCUCCAGGAGAAGGAGAACUCUCAAAAGCCUGACAAUUCGAACACCGUCGUAGACGCGUCCACCGUGACCUAUAAUGUCAGCGGAGCGAACAAUUCGUUCGUGAUAAAGAAUCUUCGGCACUUCACACGAUACAGCAUAUCCAUCGCCGCAUGCGGCAUCAAAGUGAACGACUCGCACAUGUGCUCGUCUAUCCAAUACACUACCGCCAGAACCAAGAAGUUGGAUCACGCGGACGACGUGCUAAACGUAAAGGUAUACGUAACCAACAACACCAUCGUAGAAGUGAUUUGGGACUUGAUCAAGAAUCCUAACGCCAUGACAGUUACGUACACUAUACAGUACACUAAUCUCGACAUCAAGGACGCUAAGAAGAUUACGGAGUGUAUUCCUAACAUCGGGCAAAAGGAGAAGUUGAACAGGUUCUUCAUUAAGAACCGUAGCCCUGGCAGGUACAGUCUGCGGAUGAGAUCUACGUCUCUAGCUGGCGAUAGUCCCUUCUCCGAUGUGGUUCACUUCUCCAUAAACGUGUCGAACACUGCCCCGAUUACUAUGAUAUCUUUAUUGACAGUAGCCACUUUUUCUGUUAUCUCGAUCACGAUUUUCGUUCUGUUGAGGAUACAGCAUAAGAAGAAAAAGCAGGAGAGACUGAUAGCAAUCGUGAACCCGGAUUAUAUAGAAACUAAGUACGUGAUCGACGACUGGGAAGUGCCUGCAGAGAGUGUCGAGAUCGUGGAGAAGCUUGGCCUGGGCAACUUUGGCAUGGUAUACCAAGGAGUCUACGACAAGACCACACCGGUGGCCAUCAAAACGAUCUCAAAGACGGCCAGCCAGAGGGAAAAGAACGAAUUCUUGAACGAGGCUUCGGUGAUGAAGAACUUCUCAACGUAUCACAUUAUCAAACUCCUGGGCGUGGUGUCCAUCGAAAAUCCUCCAUACGUUAUCAUGGAGCUGAUGGAGAACGGAGAUCUGAAGACCUAUCUACGCAAGAUUCGCGACAGACCGGAUCUAGUUCCGGACGCCUGCGGAAUCAUGAGAAUGGCGGCAGAGAUUGCCGACGGUAUGGCCUAUCUGGAGUCGAAGAAAUAUGUGCAUCGUGAUCUGGCUGCGAGAAACUGUAUGGUGUCCAAGGACCUGGUCUGCAAAAUCGGUGACUUCGGCAUGGCUAGGGAUAUCUACGAGACUGACUAUUACAAAAUCGGCCGGAAAGGCUUGCUGCCUAUUAGAUGGAUGGCGCCGGAAAACCUCUCCGACGGUAUGUUUACGUCCGAUUCCGACGUCUGGUCCUUUGGUGUGGUUCUCUAUGAGAUCUUGACCUUGGCCGAAAUGCCGUACCAAGGUUUCUCGAACGAGGAGGUGCUUAGCCACGUAUUGCACAAAGGAACGUUGAACAUACCGCGGAACUGUCCCGAGAAUAUCCACAAGAUCAUGGAAAAGUGUUUCAAGUGGCGGCCCAGCGAUCGUCCCACGUUCAUGGAGAUCGUGGGCGAGCUAGAGCCUUGUCUUAGGCAGGACUUCUGCGAGAACUCGUUCUACCACUCCGCGGAGGGUGUGGAGAGCCGGAAGUCGGGCUUGAAAAAGCCUUAUCAUCCGGCUGCUCCUAUCAGGUUCCACUGGGGCAACGAGACCGCCCGCUGGGUCAAGGAGUUCGAGGACAACGUGACGCUUUUAGAUCAAACUAAGGCUGGCACCAGCAGAGGUCGCAUCUUCAAGAACGGUUUCCAGCAUUUCGGUAAUGUAACCAAUUUGGAGAACGUGCCUCUGGAACGGUGAGAUUGACUUCGAUGAACCAAUCGUCCAUCCAAGACCUUGUAGAUACAAUAUACAGACGAUAUUCUGGGCAAUAUUGCGAUUCUCCCGACGAUCACAGGGGAAUGUUCUCGUCGAGCUCCGAUUAUAGAACCUACCGGGGCUCUUUUACCAAGAGAACCUUGAUGGUGACGAACGAUUAAUGAGAUGUCGCCGUUCUGCGUGUCCAAAAUCUUUUCCAGGAAGGAACUCUGCGUGAUUAUUCGAAAGAGUUUCUGUUGUAUUAGAAGCGCAACCAAAAGUUCCUCGACCUUUCGAGGCAACCUCUGACCUCUUGUUCGAUGAGCAAUUUUAGCGUUUAGUAGCUGUAGCCGUCAAUAUCAUCAAGAACUGAUUAAUUAUACGAAGUUGAGUUGCAUGAUUAUACAUUGAAUUUUUUGUUAUUCGAUAUUCCUUAGAGUUUUAUCAUUCUGGGUUAUACCUGGGUUGAGCAUUGCAAUGCGUUUUCCGAAAAAUUGGAAUCAAUAUGAUACUACUUUUCUUGGGAUUAUCCUAUCGAGCUGUUCACUUAUUAAUGAAACGAUGUACAGUCAGUUUAAACAAAUUUAGUAUAUCACUGAUCGAGCAGAUAUGAGACGAAUCACUUUUACAUUAUUAUAUUAGGAAACACAAACAUAUAUGCAUAUAUUCAUUUGGUAAUAGUUAAAAUAAAGAAAAAGGCAAACAGAAAAAAUGGGAUAAUAAGUGCAUAUAAAAUUAUUAGGCAUGAUUGUUUUUAAAUAAUUUUCAAUCGGUCUUCUUCACUUGAUUAAUUUGCUGUUUUUUACCAUCAUGCCAACCAAUCUUUUUUAUUAAAACUUGAUAUAUCAAUUAAUUAUAUUUUGAUGUUGCAUUUUUAAAUUAUGUUUACGGUUGUUAUUAGUUGAAUAAUAAGCGAUCCUUCUAGAUUUCCUAUAUAGUAAAAGUUUUGAUCAUUGUUAACAUUUAAAUUUACAAGCAGACGCUGAAAACUAUUAGCUAUGCUUAUACCAGAUUUACUUCUGAUUGUACGAUCUAUGUUUCAAUUAUUCCUGCCAAUUUCGGUACCUUUGUACACGAAUCAUAUUUUAUUGCGCGUAGAAUUUUGCCCCUCUACUUAAUUCUCAUUCACGAAUUGCAGUUGGUGUUUCCAAAUAUUUCCAAUAAGAUCUAAAAAAAACAAGAAACAACUAACUUGUACUUGACUUCGGACUACCGCACCAAAUCUUGUUUCGAAAUCUCGUUUAUUUUUGUUAUGUUUGUCUCUUUUGUUUCGAUUGUUAACUGUUUCGUUAAUAAUAAAUAUUAUAUCUCUGAAUAGAGUGUCAUAUACAAAUUAUUUAAUUCUCAUCUCCUCGAUCGGAGAUGUACAGCAUUAAGAAUAUUUUACAACGUGUACGGAAACUUCUUCUACUGGCUGUACAUUAGAUGAAACUAUGUUGCUUGUUUUUGUUGGCCAAACCGAUACGCCGCGAAGAGUGUCUCAACAAUGAAAUCAUUGUACACGUACGAAGGAAAGGUUCCCGAGCACUCGUUUCGCGUUGCGUCGCAUCACAUCGUGCCAAACUCGACACAUCAAGGUUUGCUUAUACAUAUCUCUACAAACUCUACGUUGAAUUGUUGUAAAUAGAGAUGACACGAGACACAACGUACAUUGCUACCAUUCGCGAUUUUGGCCUAUGUUACCUCGUCUUUUAUAGAGAAAUCUUGAUCCGUUUCCACUUCAGUGGCACAGGAUUACUGUUUCAGUGUGUUCUUCAGGAUAUAACCAGUUCCACGAGGAAGCUACUUCUUGGCUCGUGGAUUGACUGAUUUAUUAAAUGAUAUAUAACAGAAGCGGAAAGAAAUGAAUGGAAAACGAAAUCAUUAUAGUCAAGGGAAAACAUCCGUUCCUUGUGAGAGAAAAACCGUAGCUUUCUCGCGGUGCCUCAGUAUCUAGGAGAUAAGUAGCACAGGAGAAACACUAACACACGAGAGAUAAUUUCGGAUCGACCAACCGGAAAUUGCUUGCGCAUUCGGCAUACGCGAUUCCAAACAUACACACAUCAGAGUUCCUUAUUGAAUGUAUACCGUUCACGCGAGCCGCAAUCCCGACGCGUUGCGCCAAAAAACUAGUGCCGAGGGUAUUUUCCUCCGACAAGGAAACGGUCUCGAAUGGGUGCGCGGUUUACUCGUAGAGGUAUCAUCUUGGUAAACUUGCAAUAAGUAUGCCAACAACCUUUGCAAUAAGUAUAAAGUAAGCUAUGGGUUUAAGCGGGGAGAACCGAAGAAGACAAAAAGAGAGUAUCUGUAUUUUGUAGUAAUAGAUGUCCGGAUGAGUAUUUUUCUUGGCCGUAUUUAUUCUUAAUCGAUCGACUGAGGCAACGGGAAUAAUACAGAGACGCGACGUAGUCGAGGGUGGGAUCGAUUCGGACUGCGUAAUCCAGUCCACCCCAAUUUUGCUGAAGUGUCCUCCGGUCCUUCGUUGUUCCACGAACGAAAGAAUAGCCGAAUCGAAUCGUUGGUACAAUAUUUCAGAAGCCUUCGAUUAUAUGAACCUGAUGUUCCAUUAUUUUGUCGUGGGCUCUUUUGAAAAGAUCAAAGAAUUAAGACAUCUUAGGUGUGCAAAAUUCGUAACAUCCUUUCACGGCUUCUUAAAUUGCAGAUUUUUAUGCACCGGUCGAUUUGUAAAAUAAAUUUAAUCGUUGAUGUCAACGAAAAUUGAAAAGAUUCAUAAUUUAUUGUCCAUAUAUAUGGGAGAUUUUCUUUUGUCUGAUAUUUAGAAAAUCACUUACGAACAUCAUUCAUAAAGAUCCGCAGUAUAACUAUAUGAAAUUAUAUGAGAAUUCGGAAUAUAGCAUAUUUAUUACAAGAUUUGCGCAAAAAAUUCACACUUUAGUUAGUAUCUCGUUUAAUUGAAAAGCUACUUGCAAAAUAAAAGAUUACACAAUCGACGGGACAUUGAAAAGGAAUACUUUUCUGAUACCAGAAGAGUUAAAACUUUUACAAACAAGGAAGUAAACAAGUUCGAUAUCGAAAAAUUGGAAGGUCUAAUUCAGCGUCAGAAAAUUAUUGAACUUAUGGGAUAUCCUAACAUUUAGAAGUUUCUCGAAUUUAGUAACAUUGUUUUUGUUCGAUUGAUAUUUGAAUUUCUUGAUGAGUAUCGUAAGACAAAUCUUACUAAACCAUUAUUACCAACAUUUUAUUGGAACAAAAAUAACAUUUCCGUCUCGUACUCCAUUGUUUCGAUUCUUGUUUGUUUUAGUUAUGUGUUCAAUGUAUCGUCGAUUUCGCAGCAGUAGUUUACUUAAUUUAUAGGGAAAGCUAAUGGUGCAUGUAAUCGAACGUCCAACACAGGCUGACAUUACAUAUUUUACGAAGUCGAUAUUCUUUCUUAGGUGGGCGGCUAGUGGUUGAGAAUAAUGCUGGUCGGAAGAAAGUGUAGUGUUUAAGACGGUACGUGUGUACAGUACACAGUCGGAGGUAUUCUAAGAUGUUACUGCAGUUUAAUAGUAACGAAAGAAAGAGAUUAAGCGUUAAGUAGCUUCGUUUCCGAAGUGAAUCUCGAGGACAGGUGUUACUUAUUGAACAAGGACAGGCAAUGAUUAUCAGGAAUGAAUAAUUGAAUGAGUAUCCAUGAUAAUUCUCUAAAUAAUUCUCUCUGCAUUUGUUCUGUUCUAUAUGUAACGAUUUGCUUGAAUGUCGAGUUUACUGAUAAUCGUGGACCAUGGGAUAAUUACACUUGAAAACAAAAUUCACGUCAACAGUGUGACAAAAAUGAGUAGAUAUAAUUUAUAAUAGUAGAGACAGAUUAAAAGAACUUAAAAAUAUCUAUGUAUUAUUUUGAAUCUACUAAAGAUACGCAAUUUUUAUUUGGCUCGUAUUCCUUCCAAUUGAUGUAUCGAAUUUUCACUUUGCAUAAAAAUCCACUAUACGUCUAUACAUACAUCUAGAACUUAGAAUUGCUGGCUCAUGCUGUUCUCCUUAGUUAAAUCGUACUAACUAAUAUUUUUGAACAUCUAAAAACCCCAAAGCUUUAAAUUAAUAAAAUAAUCUUACAAAUAAAUAAAUGGAAUUACAUUUGAAACUCUUAUGAAGGCACGCGAUGUUCUAAAUAUUUUAAAGUAUCCUGAAAAGUGGUAAAUUAGUAGAUGAGACAUUUUAAAUAAGGACGGCCGUAUAGUGGGCAGAAAUUAAUCGGAAUUGACCUGAAUGUUUAGAGCAUCUUCGAUUGCUAUCGUUUCUUGUUAUAAAUAGAGAUUGGAUAAUAUUACGUUAUCAGAGGAGUACGUUUUGAGGUGCAAUUGUGUGUUUAGAUUCCGCAAUUUUCAGUAUACAUACGACAGAAGCUUGAACCGUGUCCCGAGUUCGCACGAUCGCACACGUUGUACAUACUGUGUAACAACAGUAACGUUAACGAUAAUAAAAUAAAGAACGACUACCCAGAUAGAACGGUUUCGACAGAUCGUUGGUCCGACGUUGCUCGUGUGUGAAUACAAAUUCCGACUACUUUACGGAUGGUAGAGAACACUAACGAAUUUAAAGCAUACGGUCGGAGUGGCAUGCAAGUGCCACAAGUUGUUUCAAACGGUCGAGAGAAGUUUGAAACAGUGAACGUGUCUUUUCCCCCAUUCCAUUUGGUGUUCAUUAUCGACUAAUACGUACGAUCGAUGUACAAGGAGAAGAAAGAAACGGAGGAUUGAAUUUCACUGAACGCGUAAAAAAGAGACGAGAGACUGGAAAGUAGAAUAUUAUCGAAAUCAAAAUACUCUUAAUGGGCAUUAACGUAUCUCCCGCGAGCUUCAAGAGAAAAAGGAAGUUGAAAAAUACGAAUAUUUUGUUACUGUUGCAAUAAUAGAGAGUUAAAUCGUGUAAAUAAUAAGGGAACCCGUGCGCUCGCGUGUCUUGUCCGGGGCUAAUUAAAUAAAUAAACUAAAUAACGGCGAAGGGGAUUAUUAAUGAUAUUAGGUGAUAAUAGAAAAAGCUGCGACGACCGAGUCAAUCUCGGGCCAACGGUGGCGAUCGAUCCGCGUCGUGUUCUAUCUAGGUAAUUAAUUUAAUAUUUAUUAUUGUCGUCUAGUGCCUGAAGGCAGGAAGAUGUCGUUUCAAGUGCGUUUCUUCCGUUGAGCAAGAGAAUCUCUGAAUUCUCAAAGGGAAUGCGCGACGCGACCGGAGAAACAGUUUUCGUUGGUCGUCCCAAGUGCCGUAACUAGAAGGCCUUUCCUCGCUCUAUAAGUCACUAAGAUACGUAAUUACUAGUUUAUACUCUGUUUUAUUUAAACCGACUUGUAUGUAAUACGCGUAACAAGUACAUGUACCGGUCCGUUCACUGUAAACGCUGCAUAAGAGGUCCAAUCGCGAUAUAUAUGUAUAUAAAUAUUAAUAUAUGCAACUCAUUAAUCCCUGUACACAUAGAGAAAUCUUGGGAUUCUAGGAUUACGAGAAAUCGGGUUUAAGCCUUUGCGGACGAAAUCAGAAUUGAUCGAUGAAUUCGUUUCGGAGAGGAGCGUAACUAAUGUGUCUACCUUCUGCAUUUAUAUUUUACAAAACAGAAAUCCUAUCUAGCAGAUUUCAACUGCGGUAAUCUCAAACUUAGCGUCUCACGUUGAUUCGAAUCAUGAUCAUAUUACAUAACUAGACUAUUUUGCAGAUGUUUGUUCGCAAAGUGUUAACUCAAAGCUCUCAAUGAGUGAUCAAUCAAGCUUAGCCCGUGAAAUUGUAGACCCGUUUUUACGGUUCGCAAUAACGUAAUUUAUUGACAGUCCUCGAACCGUAGCUUUCCUCGCCACGAUAUUUGUACAGCACCUUAGUUACCUAAGUGACUAACGUAAGUAGGCGUGUCCAACUGUUACAAGAUAACGACUAAGGGUAGUAUCGGGAUCGAAGUUAUGAUUUUUCAAACUUGUCUCACUUCGAAACCAUGCAAUAAACGAAAGAUAAAUUGCGAACUUGACUAAAACCUCAAAUAAUAACAAAAUUUAAUGGGAUUGCUUGAAAAUGUAUGUUUUAAAAGCGUCCAAAAAAUUGCAUGAAUUGUCACAGUCUAUUUAUUAUUUUCGAGAGAAAAGAAGAAGUAUUUGUGACCAGUGCCUGUGCUUCAACCUUGGACCAUUCCACUAGUGGUUUUUCACUACUGGUGGCGUGGCUUAUGGCCCCGGCUGCUCUGUCCUAGUUGGACACGGAUCGACUAAGCGGUUAAUUAGCUGAUAUAAUGUACACCUUUGUUUCUCAUUUCGAAAGCAUUGACUAUGCUACCGAAAACUGUUCGCGCCCCUUGGCAUCAUCACACACGAUCCUAUUUCAUUUGUUGUUAAUUUCUGCUAGGAUAUUACAGCAUUUCGAGAAUAGUGGAGCUCAAGUAUAUCGAAAGGCAAAUACGACUCGUCGUAGAUCAAUUCCAUUCGGUAAUCGUUCUAGUUACGGUACUGUAGACGUAGAACGCGCGUACGGCAAAGUUUCAACGGACUUGCACCGAAGACUUAGUUUUAAAUUAGAGGUGUCUCUCGCUUCGUUUUGAUAGUCUCGUUUAACCUUUUUGCCGAAUCAAUUGACUGCGUGGUUUUUGGGCUGCUGCUUCGUUCGUGAACCGUGUUAGUAAAUACGGUUUAUCCGAUUCAAAAGGCAAAAAACCAUUAA